UCGCGAUAUCUGCGCGGUUCCUUCAGCGCCAUUUGGAGCGCGGUGUGUGUGCGUCGUCGAGAGGACGAACAUCGAGAAGCGAACGUGAGUCCACGGCCCCCUCGAGACGCCCGUCCGAGCCCGCUGUGCGUCCAGACCAGCAGCAGGAUGGCAGACGACCUGGACAUCGAGGCGAUGCUGGAGGCUCCGUACAGAAAGGAGGACUCAAAGAACCAAAGCCCCAACGGACAGGAGGAACGCACCAAGAGGAAGAAGCGCAGCCGCAGCCGUGAAAGGAAGCGCAGCCGUGAAAGGAAGCGCAGCCGCAGUCGAGAGCGUAAACCCAGCCGCAGCAGAGACAAGAGAAGAAGUCGUAGCAGAGAGCGUCGCAGCAGCAGAGAGAGGGGGGGGCGCUACAGAGACCACCAGCACCGUAGGCGGUCAAAGAGUAAGAGUCCCGUCAGGAAGGAGAAGAGUCCCAUCAGGAAGCCCAUAGAUAACCUGACUCCAGAGGAGCGGGAUGCCCGGACGGUGUUCUGUAUGCAGCUGGCAGCCAGGAUACGACCCCGAGACCUGGAGGAUUUCUUCUCUGCUGUGGGGAAGGUUCGGGAUGUAAGGAUGAUCUCGGACAGGAACUCCCGCAAGUCGAAGGGCAUUGCCUACAUCGAGUUUGUGGAGACCACCUCAGUUCCUCUGGCCAUUGGGCUGACGGGGCAAAGGCUGCUGGGAGUUCCCAUCAUCGUACAGGCCUCCCAGGCAGAAAAGAACCGAGCAGCAGCAGCAGCGGCAGCAGCCAGCAACCUGCAGAAGGGAACAUCUGGACCGAUGAGGCUGUACGUCGGCUCUCUGCACUUCAACAUCACCGAGGAGAUGCUGAGGGGAAUCUUUGAGCCGUUUGGACGGAUUGAGAGCAUCCAGCUGAUGAUGGACAGUGAUACAGGACACUCUAAAGGCUACGGCUUCAUCACUUUUGCGGAUGCAGAGUGUGCUAAGAAAGCUCUGGAUCAGCUGAACGGCUUCGAGCUGGCAGGUCGACCCAUGAAGGUGGGUAACGUGACGGAGCGCAGCGACGCCUUCAACACGUUCCUCGACAGCGACGAGCUGGAACGCACCGGCUUCGACCUCAGCACCACCGGACGCCUGCAGCUGAUGGCCCGGCUCGCCGAGGGUACUGGUCUACAGAUGCCUCCCGCUGCUCAGCAGGCUCUGCAGAUGAGUGGAGCAAUCGCUAUCGGAGCCAUGGCUGCGGUGUCAGCUGCCAUGAAUCCAAGUCUCAACAUGAACCAAGGUGCUCAUAGUCUUCCCGUUCAGCCGAUCGCCACACACUGCUUCCAGCUGUCCAACAUGUUCAACCCCAAGAGUGAGGACGCUCCUGGUUGGGAGAUGGAUAUCCAGCAUGAUGUCAUAGAGGAGUGUAACAAACACGGAGGAGUCGUUCACAUCUACAUUGACAAGAACUCUGCUGAGGGAAACGUUUACGUCAAGUGUCCGUCAAUCCCUGCCGCCAUGGCCGCCGUCAACGCUCUACACGGACGCUACUUUGCUGGUAAGAUGAUCACCGCGGCUUACGUCCCUUUGCCGACCUACCACAACCUGUUCCCGGCGUCCGCCAUCGCCACACUGCCGCUGGCCCUGCCCCCCCGACGGUGACUCACCAACGACGCCACCAAUCGGAGUGGACUUUGGACCUUUUUUUAAUAUCCUCCUCUCCUAUUGGUCGACACGGACAAGUCAGUUUCACUUCCGUUCAUCAGGUCUGAGAGGAGGGACGCUGUUUGAUCCUUUUCAUUCCUGUUUGACUUCCUGUUCAUUCUCAUUAGAAUUUCUGGGCGUGGCCUGUUUUGUGUAUCGUCCAAAGAUUGAGCUCUGUGAGCUGUGAGGAGGCCGGCUGAUAAAGGUGUCAGCUGAUUGGUUGAUUUUGUAAAAGCCUUUAUUAAAUUUUAUUUUGAAGUCA